CAUUAAUUAAUUCUUCUCAAAACCCAGUUUCCCACUGAUUGUAGCUUCCUUAUUCUCUCCAAAUCACUCUGCAGAAACUGAGCUGUGCUCAACUGUGAAUAAUUCGACAAAAAGCGACCAGAAGUCGGGAUAGUUGUUGUUGCUGGUCGCUUCUGCUCCGUCCCACUCUUCAUCCAAAGUCCACGCCACGGAAACCUUGACCCCGUGAAAGAGUGGCUCAAGACGGCGUUGCCCGUAGGCCGGUGAAGCCGCCACAAUGUCUGCCAUUCGCAUGCACAGGAAUGCAUGCUCGGCCUCUCGGCUCGUGGCUAGGACUUCGGCCCCCAGACGAACGGUGCCGUUUUUGAGUCCUAGCUAUGCUCGUCUCGCGUCUACUCAAGUACCCAAGCUCAAAGACCCAUCCCUCUUCAAGCAAAACGUCUGCUAUGUCAACGGCGCCUUUGUCCCAGCCAAAUCGGGUGCGACCUUUGCCGUGGCUGACCCGACGACGGGCGAGCACAUCGGCGAUGCUCCCGAGUUCGAUGCCGCAGACACCGAGGCCGCCAUCGCCGCUGCCGAGAAUGCAUUCAAGACCUACAGAUUGACCACGGGCCGUGAGCGCUCCAAGCUGCUGCGGAGGUGGUAUGACCUCAUGAUAGCCAAUGCCGAUGACAUCGCGACACUUAUUACGUGGGAAAACGGCAAGACGAUCGCCGAUGCAAAGGGUGAGGUCACCUACGCAGCCAACUUUUUCGAGUGGUUUAGCGAGGAGGCGCCUCGCGUGUACGGAGACACCAUUCAGCCGACCUUGGCGGCCAAUCGGGUCGUCACGAGGAAGGAGCCUGUGGGAGUUUGUUCGCUCAUCACGCCGUGGAACUUCCCCGCUGCCAUGGGCACACGUAAGAUCGGUCCUGCCCUCGCGGCCGGCUGCACCGUGGUCUGCAAAGCACCCGCAGAAACGCCGUUCACAUCGCUGGCGCUCGCCGAGCUGGCCCACCGCGCCGGGGUGCCUGCAGGCGUUGUCAACUUUGUGACAUCACACUCCAACACCAAGACGGUCGGUGAGGUGCUUUGCACACACCAGGCGGUGCGCAAGAUAAGCUUCACUGGCUCGACGGGCGUCGGCAAGACACUCAUGCAGCAGGCGGCGGGCACUCUGAAGAAGUGCUCAUUCGAACUCGGCGGCAACGCACCGUUUAUCGUCUUUGAUGAUGCUGACCUCGACGCCGCUGUAGACGGCGCCAUCGCGUGCAAGUUCAGGUCGAGCGGGCAGACAUGUGUCUGUGCCAACAGGAUUUAUGUGCAACGCGGCAUUUACGACGCCUUUGCCGAAAGGCUUGCCAAGAGGGUCAAGGAAACGUUCAAGAUUGGAAGUGGGUUCGACCCUGAAACUACCCACGGCCCACUGAUUCACGAUCGCGCCGUGUCAAAGGUUGCCUCGCAGGUCGAGGAUGCGGUGGGCAAGGGCGCCAAGCUCCUGGCGGGUGGCAAGCGGCUGCCCGAUUUGGGCCCGCACUUUUUCGCUCCCACGGUCCUCGGUGAUAUGACACCGGAGAUGUCGAUUGCGCGAGAGGAAACUUUCGGCCCAAUAGCGGGUUUGUUCAAAUUUGACACGGAGGCCGAGGUGGUGAAGAUGGCCAACGACACCGAAGUUGGCUUGGCGGGCUACUUCUUUUCAAAAGACAUCCACCGGGCGUACCGCGUGGCCGAAGCUCUCGAGGUGGGCAUGGUGGGCGUCAACACGGGUAUCAUCAGCGACGUGGCGAGCCCCUUUGGUGGCGUCAAGGAGAGUGGGUUCGGCAGGGAGGGUAGCAUGUAUGGAAUUCACGAGUACCAGGUCACCAAGACCAUAACCUUUGGGGGCAUGGGUAAGGAGCUGCAGGGGUGAUGUGGAUAUAAGAAACAAAAGGUUAAUUUAUGAUGUAGACAUAGCAUAGCAAGUGAUGGGUUUUCUUUUUUUAGUUUUGUUCAUUUUAUCUGUCAAAUAAUUAGCCGCAAAGGCUCAGUUCACAGCACGUGGAGUUCACAAGGUGGGACUUGACAGUUGCCUCACAUGAUGAAUCAUGAACCUCUCGUCAAUGGAUGAAUGAUGGUAACGUCAAAAGAUCUGGCCUGGGCCAGUUUGGAC